AUGUCACUCAAAGCAGGAGAUAUCGUGUGUGUCGGAGUGGUCCGAUGUCACAACCUUGUGGCUGCAGAUAUGAAUGGAUUCAGUGAUCCUUAUGUCAUCAUUUCAACUUCCUCACAACAACAUCAACGAACAGAAAUUGUAAAAAAGACUUUAAAUCCAGUGUAUGAUGAACGAUUUUCAUUUCUUGUCGAAAAGAACGUUUCCGAGAUGGAAAUUAAAUUUAAAGUGAUGGAUUGGGAUCGCUUGACGAAGGAUGAUUUUCUUGGAAGUGCAAAAGUCAGAAUCAAUGAUUCGAAAUAUCCCAUUGGACAUGUUCAUACUGAAGAGCUCACUCUCGAAGAAACAAAAUCUGGAACUCUGACCAUCACCAUUCACAUCCUCAGAGGAGAUGUCUUGGGAAAGAUUGUACCAACAAAUGAUGAAUCAUCAAAUUUCAAAAUAUUGAGUGGUUAUUUUGGGCCUACCUUUGCUCCAUGCAUUCCUGUUCAUUUCAAAAUGAUGUCCAACAAAAUUUCAUCUACUCAUGUGUUUGUAAACUUUGCCAAUGAGGAUCAAACUGAAAAUAUUACCAUUAGCUAUAAUUAUGAUUUGAAAGAAUUAGGAUUUGACGAAUCCAGAGAAGUGUUCAUGUCGACCAUGAUGAAAAUGCAAGAAAGCAUGUCAGAUCGAUUUGCAAAAGGUACCUACAAGGUUUUUGAAAAUGGAAAACAAGUGAACUUGCUGGACAAGUUUGGAAUUGAGGGAGAAACUAAAUUUCAACAAGUCCAUGAAUAUCAUUGGCAAUUUACCAACACUCAAAUCCAACUUGUGAAAGUAUGGGCAUUUGUAUGUCAACCUCUUACCAAUCCAGAGGGAAUGGUGACUUUUAUUUAUUAUUCCAAUCUUAACAACAACUCGUCCAAUCCACUCAAAGAUUGCGCUCUUAAAACUGUUGUGAAAUAG